UCACAUCACCAAUCCCCCCACAUCACCAAGCCCUUCACAUCACCAACCCCACCACAUCAACACUUCACAUCACCAGCCCUUCACACCAACAAACCCUUCACAUCACUAUUAAAGAAAAGUAACCAAAAGUUUUUUUUCCCCAUCAGAAAAAUGUAAUGAUCGAUACACUCUUUCUCUCCCUCUCUCUCACUCACACACACACACACACACACACAUCUCAAGUAUCAUAAGACCCGCCUUCAUUGGGCCUCCAAUGGUGAUGUAUAAAUACUCCCAUCACCGCUCUGCCCUGACACUUCACUGAACCAGUGGUCCUUAGAAACCUGCCUGGCUAACACCUCCAUCAGGACUAUGUCCGUACAUCUGUCUGUUCUGCUGCUGCUCCUGCUAGGCCAGAGCUCAUGGGCCAUGCCUGACGGGCACUGGGAGCCACGCGGCUCCUCACGCUGUAUCCCCAUCCCUUCCAACAUGGCUCUGUGCCAGGGCCUAGGCUACAACACCAUGCGGAUGCCCAACCUGCUGGGCCACGAGUCACCCGCUGAAGCUGUACAGCAGAGCGCCAGCUGGCUUCCCCUGCUCGCCCGAGAGUGCCACCCGCACGCCCGCAUCUUCCUCUGCUCGCUCUUCGCUCCUGUGUGUCUCGAGAGGAUCAUCUCUCCCUGUCGGAGUCUGUGUGAGUCUGUACAGGACAGCUGUGCUCCAAUCAUGAACUGUUAUGGCUACCCCUGGCCCAGAAUCCUCCACUGCAACCAGUUCCCCAAAGACCAUCUGAUGUGCAUCUCCUCAGUCACACACAUGCCAAACAGCACCAAUCACGGACGCAGAGCAGUGCCACAAGCCAGCUGCAAUGACUGCCAGUUAGAGGAGAACACAUCAGCCAAGGAGCUGCUGGAGUUGUUCUGUAAAAGUGACUUUGCAGUCAAAGUUCGUCUAGCACAGUCCAACUCCAGCAGCUCGACUCUGGCUAAGUUCUCGCUGGGUUCUCGACUGGAGGUUCUAAAGCACGGGCCACUGCUGGGAGGGGAGAUGAGGGGCAGGCUGACCCUGUGGUUGGAACGGGAUGCCACCUGCGUGGGCAACCUCAGCCGCCAUCAUCCCCAGGGUGCCACCUUCCUCCUGACGGGUACAGUGACGGGCGAGAGACUACUGGUAAACAAGGCGUUCAGCUGGAACAAACACCAGCGGCAGCUCAACCAGGCCACUCGGAAAUGGAAACGCCAUCGGUGUCGGGGAUAAAGAGCGGACAGAGGGAGCGUCAGGAUGUGGACGAGGAGAAAGUGAAGGAAAUGAACAGAUGGGAGGAUGACAAUGCAACAGUAAAAAAAAACUGUGCUGGA